GGGUUUUACAUACCACAUACAAAUAUGUGGCCUCGCAUUUUUGUAUACAUUUUAUUUACAGGACUUGCAUUGAUGUUGAUGAUGAACCCCACUUCCAACUGCACGGUGUGUUUGUUUCCCAUCACAUCCUAAAAUGCAGACAGUUUGUACUUUUAUUUUGGAGGUAAACUGGCCUUACUUCCUGUGUAGUUGUUGCUUCGUGCGGUUUCUUGACACGGCCGCACAGGAGAGGGACAGGAGAAGGGCCGCUCCCAACGAAAAAACGUUUCUCAUCUCACUGUGAACAAUCGGGCAGUGUUGUACCGGAAAGAGCCGUGUGGGUGUCAGAAAAAUGUACAGUAGACAGGAAACAAUUAUUUCUACAGUUAUUAAACAGUAAUUACAACAAAAGACUAAACCAGUCAUAAAGUUUAGAAAAAUACAUACAUAUACUAUCAAAAUUAUAAAAUGACUACAAUAACUAUAAUUGCCAUAAUAAUUAUGUAAAACUGUUGAGCUUCACAGACACAUUUUAGACCCUAUAUCAGUCAUUUUACAGCCAUUUUAUAAUAAUACACACACACAAAAUAAAGAAAUUAGAGUUUCUUAAGUACUUUUCCUUUCUCAGCACAGGAACUGAUGAAAGUUCAAAAUGAUGAAACAUGAAUGAUAAAUAAGGCCAGUGGUCCCGACGACGUCAACCUGAGGGUCCUGAAGGUGUGCGCAGAGCAACUGGCAGGUGUGUUCAAGCAUCUUUUUGACCUCUCCCUGAGGUCGAAUAAGGUGCUGAAGAUCUUGAAGACUUCCUGCAUUGUUCCUGUUCCCCAAAAAAGGAAGACCCAGCACUCUCAAUGACUUCAGGCCUGUAGCCUUAACGUCACAUGUUAUGAAGACCUUUAAGGGACUAGUUCUGCAGCACCUCAGACCCUUGGUAUGUGACUGCCUGGACCCUCUGCAGUUUGCGUACCAGGCAGACAGUUGCUUUACGGGAGAGAGGGGAGAAAUGGUGGACACCUACAAGUUCCUGGGGGUGACACUCAACAACAAACUGGACUGGACGGAUCACACUGAGGCCCUCUACAGGAAAGGACAGAUCAGGCUGUUCUUUCUGAGGAGGCUCAGGUCAUUCAACGUGUGCACUCAGCUACUACAGAUGUUCUACCAGUCUGUGGUGGCCAGUGUCCUCUUCUUUGCGGUGGUCUGUUGGGGGGGAGGCAUCUGCACUGGGUGUGCCAACAAGCUGAGCAAGCUGGUGAGGAAGGCCAGCUCGGUGGUGGGGAUGGAGCUGGACAGUGUGGAGGCUGUGACUGAAAAGAGGAUGAGAGGGAAGCUGAAAGCCAUCAUGGACAACCCCUCUCAUCCUCUCUACACUGAGCUCAGGCAGCUCAGGAGCACUUUCAGCUACAGACUGACCCAGCCCCGAGCCUCAAAGCGGUUUGGAGGCUCGUUUGUACCAUCAGCCAUCAGACUCCACAACGCCACAGCACCCAGUACCUCCAACCCCCGCAGACAAAGACUGGUUUUAAUUCAACCUAACCUAUAUUAUUUAUCUUAAAUUGCACAUGUACAGUUUAGUUUCCUUUUAGUCAAGCUGCUUAAAAUAUUUUGCAUUGCAUUUAUAUUUUCUAUAAUAUUUUGUAAUAUUCUUAUUGUGAUACUAUUGUAUGUACACUGUACUCUUUUUAUUGUACUAUAUUCCCCAAUGCUGCUGUGUGUAACUUGAAUUUCUCCUACGAGGGAAUUAAUACAGGUAUAUCUUACCUUAUCUUAUCUUAUCUCAGCACACUGCAGUGUCAGUCGGUCAAUCAGUGAUGUUCCAAAGCUUCGAGACUCUGCUGUGAGUUUGUACUGGAGCCUGAAGAACCGUUUUCAAAGAAACUGCUGAAUGAUGACCGCGAAGAAAACUUUAAAAAAUAAUUUUUAACUAUUUUGUUGUAAGCUUUUUGUCACAUAAUAGUAGGGUAAACACAGAUGUUACCAGUGAUACUAAUUAAGGUAUUGCUAUUGCGCAUGUUGGCUCACUGGAAAGGCUCUGCUACAUUAAAUGGAAUGGAACCUUAAAGGUCCAGUGUGUAACAUUUAGGAGGAUCUAUUGGCAGAAACUGAAUACAAUA